AUGGCAGUGCCAGAUCAAAUAGAUGCAGCAGUGAACUACAUAGAAAAAUUGAAAAUGAAUUUAGAGAAGAACAAGAAGCACUUGGAAGAAUUGAAAAUGGGCCUAAAGAGGGCCCAAUCACUCAAUCAAACUAAUGAGCCCGGCCCAAUUACAAAGUCACCAACUCAGAUUGAAUUCCAUGAAAUGGGCCUAAACAUGGUUGUUGUUUUAAUAACUAGCCUUAAUAAUAUAGCCACUUUUAAUAACAUCAUUCGAUUAUGCCAUGAGGAAGAUGUUGAAGUUGUGUCUACCAACUUUACACUCAAUGGGAACUCUACACUGCAAAUUUCUCAUGAAACUAAGAUGAAUAAAAGUUCAACGACUUUGUUUGAUAAGAUGAAGGAGUUGAUUUAUGGACCCUCUCAUGAUGGAAAUGAUGUGGAUUCCCAAUUACAUUUAUGGGACUACAAAAUUGAAUUUGAUGCAUUGGAAUUAUUACCAACAACAAGUCAAAAUCCUAACAUGUAUAGUUACAUGCAAAAUAUUUAUGAAAUUCCUACUUUUUUCUAA